GCCGACAAGUGAGUUAGUGCGCUCAUCUACUUUUCUCUAAAUAUUCGCAAAGGGGCACCGUCACACUGCUUUGCAACAGAACUAAAGCUUCGAAAAUUAAGUGUUUAUACAGUAUUUGUAUAAUUAGCUUGCUUCUGCGCGCGUGAUGCAAGGAAGGGUGGUGGGGAGAUCAGUCGGCAUUGGACAAAAGUGGUAUGGCUGGGCCACCAUAUUUGUGAAUAUUUGUAGUAGUUAUUCAAACCAACCUGUUAUCAAUCCCAAAGGUUUUGGUUUUUAGAAACGGAUAGAUUUGACCUACUUGGACAAUAGGUCUAUAGCCUGCCCUACAGGCUAACAACAUAGCUGAUAUAUACUCUCCCUCCCCUUCAGAGUUUAUAGAACGGGCAAAACCAGUGCCUCAAUAAGCAGGGCUGCUCGUAACCAAUUUACAUUAACUGAGGGCUAUAGAAACGUUUUAAAGACAAGCAUACUAUCACCAAGACAAUGUUCACAAUCACAGGGCUUUCUCAAUCCAACCGUACUUGCAACAUGAGAGACAUAAUAUUCCCGCGGGUUCUGAUAACGGGUGCGUUUAGCAUAGCAUUACAAUAGAGCACUCCACGAGCAUCUGUAGCCUUGGCUAAACCAAUGCUCCAACACGUAAAAAAUAAAAUUGGAUUAAAAAACGACUACAGGUUACACUUUAAAUUCUAAAACCUGAUAGAUAGAUAUUUAUAUCUUUAAAUAUCUUCCCUUUAUCCGGACUGCAAUUUUUUUUCUUAAUUUUAAUGAACAAAUCAAACCCCGAAAAUCCAUUGAAGGGCUGCUCCAGACGUUGCCCAUCCCAUAACCUAGGCUUAGAGAGCCUUCUUAUUUUUUUUUAAUAUAUAUAUUUGUCACAAUACAUAUUUGUCACAAUACAUUUCAUAGUCCACAGCCCUAUAUGUACAAUUAAACACUAUAUUGAUUUAUUUAAAACAUUUAGACUUAUAUCACAGGGGGGGCAUGCCCCUCUUGAGAGAUUCCCCACAAUAAGCCCACACACUUUUCCUUUUGGCCUUCAUAACCAAGAUCCAAAGACAGACUUACAGUACACACACACACACACAUUGGCCUGCUAUGUCUUCAGCGAGCUAGAAAGUCACCACUAUUACCUUUUACAUUUACAUUUACAUUUAAGUCAUUUAGCAGACGCUCUUAUCCAGAGCGACUUACAAAUUCUUUGGUACCUGCCAGAAACACGCCUUGGCACGCUUAUUUUAGGCCCUGCCACCCAUUGACUUGAUAGAGAAGUGUCUGAAGAGGGCCAGUGUCACGAGCAGGUGUUUGGCCAGUCAGAUCAGGGAGCAGCAUUUUGGCGUUCGCUCCCACAGUUGGACCAGCGAAUUACAUACCACUGAGGGACUGCAGUAAAGCAGUUAAACUUGGCAGAAAUCUGGAGGUUCCCAACCCCCUUAAGAUGUACGGCCUGUACUUGGAAGCGGUGAAUGAUUAUAUCAACGAGUCGUACGGGGAGGAUGUAUGGAGGCUGAUAGAGGCCCGGGCAGAGAUACCGCAUCUCAAGUUUGUCCGCCAUCAGAUGUACAAUGACAACCUAAUCCUGCGGCUGGCCAAGGCUGCCGGUGAGGUCCUGGGGAAGACCCAUGAUGAGCUCAUGUAUGCCUUCGGGGUUUACAUGGUGAAGAGGAUCGGGAACUAUGGCUACGAGAGGAUUCUCAAGGUGUUGGGGCGUAAUGUGCGUGACUUCAUCAAUGAGCUGGACAACCUGCACGAGUACUUCCGCUUCUCUUUCCCCAAGGUGCAGCCUCCCAGCUUCUGCGUGGAGGAGGAGUGUGAGACCAGCCUCACCCUGCACUACCGCAGCACCCGCAAGGGCUUCACCCAGUUUGUGAAAGGCCAGCUGUCUCAAGUGGGAAGGCAGUUCUACAAUACAGACAUUGAAGUUGAGAUCCUGUCCAAAGAGGAGACUGAGAAGAUGACAUAUGUGAUCUACAAGAUGAACUUUGACAACGCUGCCUUCAAGCACCGCAUGCCCCAGCAGAAGACGGCCCCAGGGUACGAGAAACUACCCAUGAAGAGGGGCAUCUUUUUCGACAUGUUCCCCUUUAGUGUGAUCUUCCGCCGGGACAUGACCAUGUACCGCAUUGGGGACGGCCUAAAGGAGGUCUUCUCCGACCUGCAGGGCAAGAAGGUCAACGAAGAGUUCACCCUGGUGCGGCCCAUGCUGGAGUUCAGCUGGGACAACAUCUACACCCACCUUAACAAUGUGUUUGAGCUACUGUCCAAAGCUGUGGUGGAGAGCAAGCAGAAGGUGAAUGUCCCUAAACUGAGCAAGGAAAAGGAAGACGAGGGAAAAGAGGAGAACGAGAAACCGAAAAGAGAGGAAGAGAGAAGUACAGAGAAGUCAAGGGUCCGCCCGUCGCCACAGUCAACCGACAGGAGAGAUGUGAAGUCUGUGGAGGAGAUGAAGGGGGACCAGGAGUUUAGCAGUGCUCUGACCCAGUACAACAGCUCAGCCAACUCAGGGGGAGAGGACAUCGAGCUGCUCGCCUUCCAGACUGUCACCGGGAAGUGCAGUGAAACCAUCUUCGAGGAUAUGAGGGAACCUCCCAAGAAGCCCCUCCACCUGAAGGGUCAAAUGAAGUACGUCCCCCAGUGGGACUCGCUCAUCUUCCUCAGUACGCCCAUUAUAGAGACAGUGGAGGACAUGAUUAAAAUGGGCGUCUAUGUGAACGAUCUGAACCUACACGACUCCAGCCGAGAGCUCAUCUUAGCUGGAACACAGCAGUCGGCUGAACUUCAGCUGGCUCUUGACCAGGAGCAGCAGAAGUACGCCCAGCUCCAGGAGAUCAUCAAGAAGCUGGACGAGGAGAAGAAGAGAGGAGACUCCCUCCUCUACGCCAUGAUCCCCAAAGCUGUGGCUGACCGGCUCAGGAAGGGUAUCACGGCUCUGGAGACAUGCCAGGUGUUCCCGGACGUGACCAUCCUAUUCAGCGACGUGGUGAAGUUCAACGAGAUCUGCAUCCACAUCACGCCCAUGCAGGUGGUGGACAUGCUCAACGAGAUCUACAUCGUCUUCGACACGCUCAGCGAGAAGCACAACGUCUACAAGGUGGAGACCAUCCGAGAUGCCUACAUGGUGGUGGCAGGCGUGCCCAAUAAGACAACCUUCCAUGCCCACCACAUAUGUGACAUGGCCCUGGACAUGCUGAGCUCCAUCGACCACCUCAAAGACCCCUCCACUGGAGACAAUAUCCAGAUCAGAGUCGGGAUCCACUCAGGGAUGGUGGUGGCUGGGGUGGUGGGGCUGAAGAUGCCUCGCUACUGUCUGUUUGGAGACACCGUCAACACUGCCUCCCGCAUGGAGAGCAACGGGGUGGGCAUGCAGAUCCACAUAAGCCAGACCACCAAAGACCACUUGGAACAUGAGCCCUACAUAAUUGAGGAGAGGGGAAAGAUUUUUGUGAAGGGUAAAGGCUACAUGAAGACAUAUUGGCUGAAGGGGAAGAAGGACCUGUCGUUUAAGACUCCAGCAGAGCUCCGCUACAGCAGUGAACAGAAGGACUCAGAGGACAGGAGCUCCAAUGGGUCCACCUGCACCAACACCAAGCGCUCCACCUCCAACCUGAACAUUCCCAACGAGGAGCAGGCAGAGGGCAAGCCCACCCCCACAGAGCUGCCUGCAGAGCCCUUACCUUCACUAGAGGGCGCCCCUGAGGACCCCACAGACCCCACCGAGCCCCAGGAGAAGAAAGUCAAAAAGAACACUAAGAACAACAACAAAGGUGGCGUGGCCAAGCCCGAAGCUCCUCCCCAGCAGGUCAAUGUAGUGCAGGAGAGUGCAGUUCUUCCUGCUGCUGCCCAGGAGACCCCCACGGCUCCCCCGGCCUCCGCCGCCCCAGUGCUCAACAACAAGAAGAACAGCUUCAGGCAGCACACCAAGCUGCCCGCCCACCUUCCCAUGCGCAGCACCUCCUGCUGCCUACUGUGAGAGGACAGGCUAAAAUAAUGUGACUGGCCUGCAUCUUGUUGACAGUCCUGUGAAGGCAAACCUGAAACUGACCCUAACCUUGAACCUCAACAAAUUAGAAAAUUCAACAUGUUUUUGCUGGUUAGUCAUAUCCCUUUUAGUUUCUCCCUACUGUGAGAUGGACCAGGCCAGACCUCUCAGAUCAUGGGCCAGCCUUCAUGUUCGAUAUAUUGUAUGAUGCCCUGGUGUCUAUCCUAUGUUUUUUUCUUAGGCAGGACCUGAAGGUCCCCACAGCAAUAUUCAGGGCAGCCCACACCUAAUGUAAUGUAUUAAUCCAUUUAUUCAAGGUGGAGUAACAGAGGUAGACAGGGCGGACCACCUCACCUAAGUAAUAAUAGUGGAAACAUUGAUGCUCCUAAAAUUAAACAAAUGUGACAUUGCUGAAAAGGGAAAAAACAUUUCUCUUCCAGCAAAUAUAUACCGAUACUCAUGUCUUGAUGACGUGUUAAACAGUGGGCCUUUUUUGGUAAUACAAGCAUCUGGCUAAUGUUAUGGAUUUCUGCAUGUUGUUGAUAGGAAACAGGUCAAUAAAUGUACAGUUCAUGUA